AUGGACCCGCCCAUCACGUCCUGCUGCCGUUCCCCCGCUGCCCAGGCCCACGUCAGCCCCAUUGUUGUGGAUAUCGAUGAGUGUGCUGAGGGCAAACACUACUGCAGAGAGAACACCAUGUGCGUGAACACACCUGGUUCCUUCAUGUGCAUCUGCCACACAGGCUUCAUCCGCAUCGAUGACUACAGCUGCACAGGUACAGUCUGA